CUCGAGUUACCUUUAUUUCUGUCAAAGCUUGAUUGGAACCGUUGCCACGAUGUCCUUGGGCAACAUUACCAAACAUACGGCAGCUGAGUUGGUAUCACCGAGUAGAUGCGUACAUACUCUUUCUCAAGAGGAUCACACUUCGGUUCUGUCUUUAGCAGCCAGCGAAAAAUAUCUCUUCAGUGGUAGCCAAGGAGCUCAUAUUGCUGUUUGGGAUCUAGCAACGUUCACUCUUGUUAAACUUCUUUAUGGACAUCAAGGAAGUGUGCUUGCUCUCUCAUUGUCUCCAGAUGAAACGUGGCUCUUUAGUUCUUCAGGUGAUGGAACCGUGAGGGUUUGGGAUAUCGAAAGCUUACAGUGUGUAUACUUGAUCCAUUGUUGCCAUGAUGUCGGCGAUAUUUUCUCUAUUGUAUACUCGGAUGUGUCCAAUCUACUGUUCCUUGGUAGUCAAAACACAAGCAUUCAAUGGUACGAUUUUUCAGAUCCACAAACGAAUGGAUCUUCGGAUCCUGCACCUAUGACAUCUAUAUCCCCUCGAUAUACUGCUCAGACCAGCAAAUUCUUCGGCUCGAAAAUUGAUACUCCCUCUGCUGAAGAACGAAAAAACCCAAUGGAUGUAGAGGUUAUUCAAUGUGUCAUUCGAGACAGCAAUGUUCUAGUCAACGCACAUGAUGGAUAUGUAUAUUGUUUGGCUCUGGAAUAUGACUUGCCGAAUAUCGAAGGAGAAGUCUUGAUUAGCGGUGCUGGAGAUGGAGAUGUUAAGUUAUGGCGUAUAACCAACGAGGGACUACAGCAUCUGAACACUCUUAAAGGAAGUGCAGAGAAGGGUAUCCUGACACUUGCGGUCAUGGACGAUGGUUACCUAUUCUGCGGUGUUCACGGUGGAAAUAUUCAAGUGUGGGACCUUGAAACUCAUCAAAUGAUCCGGUCGAUUAUGGCCCAUAGUGAUGAUGUCCUUUCUUUGUGUGUCAAAAACCACGACGUAUUCAGUGCAUCAGCGGAUGGAACCAUCAAACGAUGGGAUAGACGAUUCGAAUGCAAACAAACACUUGAUGAUCACGAUGGUAUUGUAUUAUCUUUAGCAACUUCCCAGACCUAUCUUAUCAGCGGAGCUAGCGACCACAGUAUGAAAAUAUGGGACAUACCAUCAAGCUACAACAAAUAUGAAACGAACAGGAGAUCUUCUGUUGACAGUGAUUCGCCUGCAACCGAUGUUCUUCUGUAUGCGCUGGAACAGUGGAUUUCUGUACCCACCGUCAGUGGUGACCCAAAGUAUUUGGAUGAAUGCCGACAAGGUGCACGCUUUUUGAAGUCUGUCCUCAAGCAGCUCGGAGCAGAUAGCCGCAUGAUUCCCGGUGCUCCUGGCAGAAACCCUUUGGUAUACGGCAAGUUCACAGCAAAUUCGCAUCUUUCUCAAAAACCUGGAUCAACAGCAGAUCCCAAUGCAAAAGUUCCAACCGUUUUGUUUUAUGGCCAUUACGACGUGAUAAAUGCGGAGCAUGAGAAAGAAAAUUGGAUUAGCAAUCCUUUCAAACUGACCGGUAGAGACGGAUAUCUGUAUGCACGAGGUGUGACCGACAACAAGGGACCAAUAUUAGCAUCGGUUUUUGCGGUUUCUGAUCUGGUCAAGGAAGGCCUUCUGGAUAUUGAUGUCAUCUUUCUGGUAGAAGGAGAAGAAGAAAGCGGCAGUAUCGGUUUUGCAAAUGCAGCAAUGCAGCAUAAGGAACUUUUCCAAGACAUAGAUAUGAUCCUUCUAAGUAAUUCUUACUGGCUCGGCGAAGACGUUCCAUGCUUGACUUAUGGUUUGCGUGGUGUGAUUCGCGCAAGUCUAACGGUUUCCACUUCACAAGCUGACCUGCAUUCUGGGGUUGAAGGUGGGGCUGCGUCUGAACCACUAAUUGAUAUGAUCAAGAUACUCGCCAAGUUGGUUAGUGAUGAUAACAAGGUGCUCAUUCCAGGGUUUUAUGAUGAUGUACGUCCUGUUAGUUCUGCCGAAGAGCGUCUGUAUGACCCAAUAAUAUCAUGGAUGCACAGUCAAGUGGCUUCAUCAGAUGUGAAUAAUGCUCUCCACAUUACUCUCAACUCAUUAUCCCUGGGUGAUGGCCAGAAACGAAAGAACAACGAAGAGCAUACCAAGGCGUGUGAUCCAGAGCAAUUGAAGAAAUCGUUAAUGGCUCGCUGGAGGUAUCCGACUUUCACUGUCCAUAAAAUUGAUGUUUCGCUCAACAACCCUACGAUCAUUCCUCGCCAAGCAACUGCAGCAAUCAGUAUGCGCAUUGUGCCAGACCAAGACAUCAAUGUCAUCUGCGAGCAAUUUAAGCUUUUUGUCGAAACUACCGCUCAAUCGCUUGGCACAGAUAACAAAGUGACGGUCGAGAUUAACAACACCGCAGACUACUGGCUUGGAGAUUGCGAUAGUCCGUACUUCAAAGCUGCAGAGAAAGCUAUAGAGCAGGAGUGGGGUAUUAAGCCACUUUUCAUUCGUGAAGGUGGAUCCAUACCUGCCGUUCGAUGGCUAGAGCGAUUCUGUUCGGCUCCUGCCGUUCACUUGCCUAUGGGCCAGGCUUCUGAUCAAGCUCAUUUGUGCAAUGAACGUAUAAAGUUGAAAAACCUAUAUGCCGGACGACGUAUUGUCAAGUCAUUGCUGAGACAGAUCGGGCCUUCAACAAAGAAAAUGUAGUUAUAUCUUUUCCAGCUGAUUCAAUAUAGAUGCGCCAUUUGCUUAUACAGUGUGUAUAUGACAAACAUAUAUGAAAAAAAAAAACAGUGUUUUAUAUAAAAAGUGUGAUAGUAGUCAUCUAUUCUUUUUGGUCUAGUUGUUCUAUGUAGCAUAGGGUGUCAAACUUUUAUAC